GGUUUAAAAAUCAAACUGUAUAGUUAUAUAUUAUAUAUAAAUUGCAAAAUAAAGAUCUAAUUGUGGUUUUCUAAGGGUGGUCCUCAUUUAAAAAAAUUAUGACGGGUCAGAUUUUAUGUUGUAAUACGUUUUACUAAAAAAAGGUUGUAUUGUUUUUAUCAGUUGAUAAUAUCACAUAAAUACAGCUUUUUGUUCAAUCAAGCCGAUCGACGUGACUGUACUGUCAGCGUAACUCCAUGGCAUUACUAGGUCAUGUGAUUAUGGGCAUUCAAGUUAUCAAUUCGAUUAUAAUUUUUAUUUUAACAGUGUGCUUGUGGAUACCUAACGUAAUUGGUGCAAAAAUAUUGGCUUUUUUUCCACCUCCAAUUUAUAGCCACUUGACUGGGUUUCAUUCAUUAUUUGAAGAGUUAGCAAAUCGUGGUCACAACAUUACUGUUGUUAGCCCUUUUCCACCCAAACAACUGAUGCCACCUACAUAUACGCAUAAGGCAAUUGCAAACGUAAAUACUGUGAAAAUAAAGAAACAUAAAGAUCCUAUGAAAAUUCGACAUAUUUAUCGCUUGUUAAACAUGUUAAAUGUAAAACUUCGCAUGACGAACCUUAUUAAAGAAACUUUAGAACUUGAUGAUGUAAGAUCAUUUCUAAAUGACACCAGGUUCAAUUUUGAUGUUGUGCUUACAGAGUGUUGGUAUAGCGAUGUUUAUCUUGCAGUAGGACAUAGAUACUCGGCUCCAGUCAUAUGUUUAAGUCCCAUGUUGCCAACAGUUGGUCAAAGUAAUUUCCUGGACAUGCCGAUCAAUCCAGCAUACAUACCUUCUUUUUGGAUGUAUUACUCGGACACUAUGUGCUUCAUGGAGCGACUCGUGAAUUUUAUUGUUACCUCUGCCGAAAUUCUGACCGAUUAUAUAAUACAAAAACUACAACAAACUAUGUUGGACGAUUUAUAUGAAUAUCCCGGGCAUCAUAUUUGUCCGUCUUUGAAUACUUUGAAAAAAAAAAUUGCAUUAACUUUUGUUAAUAGUCACUUUUCGGUAUCUUAUUCUAGACCAUAUCCUCCAAAUAUGAUACCUGUAGCUGGUAUGCAUUUAAGACCACAAAAACUAAUUGAACAGGGAUUAAUGCGUCUUUUAGACAAUGCAGUUGAAGGAUUUAUAUUUUUUAGUUUUGGAUCUAAUAUUAAAAUGACAAGUAUUCCAGAACACCAGGUGAAAGUAUUUAUUGAUUCUUUUAAAAAACUACCCCAAUUGAUACUGUGGAAAUGGGAAAAUGGAACUAUUGAUGGAAUUCCUGGAAAUAUUCACAUGGAUAAAUGGUUUCCACAGCAAUUUAUUUUAAACCAUAAAAAUUGCAAAUUAUUUAUAACACACGGUGGCUAUCACAGUCUCGUAGAAGCUAUACACUAUGGGUUGCCAAUUAUCGGAUUUCCUUUCUAUACAGAUCAGUUUUAUAAUAUGAAAUUUGCAGUAGAAAAAGGAUUUGGGAUUGAAAUGUCACUCGAUAAAUUAAACGAAAAUGUUCUUGACAACGCUUUGGAACAAAUUCUUUUAAAUCAACGUUUGAAGAAUAAUGCACAAAAAAUUUCGGUAUUGCUAUCUGAUUUACCUAAAGCAACUUCGUUAAAUACCGCUGUGUAUUGGGUGGAGUAUGUCAUCAGAAAUGGUCAAGGCCCUCAAGAAUUUAUUAUUUCCGAUUUAAAUUGGUUUCAAUACUGGUCAAUUGAUGUUGUACUUUUUGUUUUUAGUAUUUUAUUUUUUAUAAUAUUUGUUUUAUUGAAACUGAUUUGUUGUUAUAUUGGCAACAAUAAAUAGUUAAUUUAUUUA